AUGAGUGCACUUGUAAACCCAUCGAUUCCAGCAGAAAUCCAAGAAGAAAUUGCACAGUUAUAUCAUGAUGUUCCAACAUUGAAGUCUAGUUAUGAAAUUUUUGAUAAAAUUGGUGAAGGUACAUUCUCAACAGUUUAUAAAGCUAAAGACAUCAGAGGUAAAGUUACUUCGAAAUAUAAUACCCAUUUUUGGCCUCAAGCUAAUGGUAAAAAAUAUGUUGCAUUGAAGAAGAUUUACGUGACCUCAUCACCUCAACGUAUUUACAAUGAACUGAACUUACUAUAUAUGUUAAACAGUUCUAAUCGUGUGGCCCCAUUGUGUGAUGCGUCUAGAAUACGAGAUCAAGUCAUAGCUGUAUUACCUUACUAUCCCCAUGAAGAAUUUAGAAAUUUUUAUAGAGAUCUUCCUAUUAAAGGUAUUAAGAUGUAUAUGUGGGAAUUGUUACAAGCUUUGAAGUUUGUUCAUUCUCAUGGUAUCAUCCAUAGAGAUAUUAAACCUACAAACUUCUUAUUUAAUCCAGAACUAGGUAGAGGUGUCCUUGUAGAUUUUGGUUUAGCUGAAACUCAAGUGGAUUAUCUUGCCACUCACACUUUAGAUCAGACAUCAUUGAUGAAAGAAAACCUAACAGGUGUAGUAGACUCAUCACAAUCAAUGAAAAAUUUAAGAACUCAAGAAGACUUUUGUCCUUGUUUACUGGAUAAUUUUACAGCAUCUUAUGUGGUUCAAAACAACGGUGGUACGUUAUCAAUUCAAGAUGGGAAAGUUGUUCGUUCAAGUAAUGUGAAUGGUGUUGAUCUAACGAAAGGUUACCCAAAAAAUGAAACACGUAGAGUGAAAAGAGCUAAUAGAGCUGGGACUCGUGGGUUCCGUGCUCCAGAAGUACUGAUGAAAUGUAGUUCUCAAACAACUAAGAUUGAUAUAUGGUCAGUUGGUGUGAUCUUAUUGAGUUUAUUAGCUAGAAGAUUCCCAAUGUUUCAAAGUUUAGACGAUACAGACUCCUUGUUGGAAUUAUGUGCAGUGUUCGGUUGGAAAAACAUUCGUAGUUGUGCGGUAUUACAUGGUCUGGGUUUUGAAAUUAGUGGAUUACAUUAUCUUAGAGAAGAUGCCUACCCUCAUGGUUUAAAAGGGUAUGUAUAUGAGUUAUUAAAUAAGGAAUGUGAAGUAGGUACAUUCCCAGAGUAUAGUGUAGCAUUUGAGACACAUAGCUAUCUACGUCAAGAGAUACAUGAAAGAGAUUCCAUUGAACCACAAAUGUCAGAUGGUAAAGCUCGUAGUUUAAAAGAGGGUACAACAUUAGAUAUAUAUGAUGUCAAAAGAUAUCAUGAUGAAUUAUGGACUGAUCAUUUUUGGUGUUUCCAAGUUUUGGAACAAUGUUUCGAGAUGGAUCCACGUAAACGGUCCUCAGCUGCAGAAUUGUUACAAAGUGCAUUUUUUAAUGAGAUGUCAGAGUCAGAUGUCAAUACUGAAAUUGAAAGUACUGAUGACGAUGAUGUGAUCAGUUCUAGUGAAGAAGAACUUAUUGAUAAUGACGUGAUACUCAUUCCUGAUGAAUAG